CUGACAGCUGUGGAGUCAUCACAGAAAUAAAGUGCUGGCACUGCAGAAACCAACAUGAAAGUCCAACCUAAAAACUUCCUAUUUCCUGUCUAAUGAAAAUCUUGUCACCAGAAUGAAGUCUUUGCGAUGUUAGUUCAUGUCUUUGCUCUGUGCUGCCGGUGUUCUCCAAAGUGUGAGAGAUGGCAGAAAAGAUGACAGCUUGCAGCUUCUUCAUCAUCUUCACAAUUUAUCUGACCUUCAUCUUACACCCGAGCCAUGGUUUCGGGGUGAUUCAGCCUCAGAAUCUGACCGUGACUCCGUCCGCCACCAUCAGCUGUGAACACAAUGCAAACGUCAAAUCUGUGAAAGAUGUUCGACUCAACGCCAUUUCCCAAACAGACCCAAGCACAAUGCUCUGCCAGAAGGGAAUGAAAGACUGUAAAGACAUCAUCAUGCAUCAAAAGGAUCCCAACAAGUGGCUUUUCAUCCUACUCAACAUCGGGCCAGAGGCCAUGAAGAUGAAAUACGAGUGUGAGUUCACGGUGGAAGAAGGCGGGUUGGAUAAAACCGAGUUAGGAGAUGCAACCAUACUCCUUUCAGGUCAAAAGGAAGUGACCUGCGCGCCUCAGCCUACGUCUUCACCUCCAUCUUCACCUCCGUCUUCACCUCCAUCUCAUUUGCUCAGCUGGAUUCUGAUUGGUCUACUGGCUCUGAUGUUCCUGUACAGCUGUCUCAUCACCGGCUUCUACAUCAGACUGACGUGCAGUGACACAGAUCCCGAGAACUCCACAUACGUAGAAAUGCGGAAAGCUCCUCGGCCGUGUUCACCGGACAUCUACCGUGGGUAGCCAUCGUUCUUCAUCUUCGGCCUCAUACACCAUGUAAUGAGGGGGUGUUUUUCAUGCCGCUGUUAUCAUAAUUGCAUAUAUUUAUAUUGUAAAUGAGUGGAAAAGUCCUGCAACAACUGCAGAUAGACAGCAGGGGGAGACAGAGACUGUCUACAUGCUUGUAUUAUGUAUGCAAUGUGGCACCCUGAUGUUAUUGAUUGUAUUGGAUAUAUAUAUAUUGUAAUUUAUUAUGAAUUUUAAACUUUUUUUCUAUAAUGCAACAUUUUCUUACAAACUAAAAGUCAAACAUGUUUUAUAUUUAGACAUGAUAUAAAUGUUAGUGUAUUGAUACAGAACUAUGCUAUACAGAAAAUGCAUGCAUGUACAGUAUAUUUCUAGUUCUGAUAUGGGUAUGAUUUGUAACAAUAAAAUCUCAAAUUAAGGUU